AUGAAAUUCUGUGUUUUGCAGUCCUUGGUGGAGCACCUAUUUGAACAAGGUGCGCGCCUUUCUUUUUUCUCGUUUUGGAACAAAGUGUUGCAAAUAACAUUAUGGUUUAGAUUAGACUGGUUAUUCCUAUGGAAUGCUUUAUAUAAAAUGGAUCCUGUACUGCUCACAACUGAAAAGAUCUCACUAAAGGCUGCUCUCAAACGUGUACCUGGUGCGGGAUGGGCGAUGGGCUGCGGAUCUUAUAUUUUUCUGGAGCGAAGUUUUGACCACGACAAGGCCACAAUGGAAGCAUGCGUAAAAUACUAUAAACAGUCUGGAAACAGUUACCAGCUCCUGCUCUUCCCAGAAGGCACUGAUCGUGGCACUCGAGCUGCUGCCCAGAGUGACGAAUACGCAAGAAAAAAUGGUCUUCCUCGUUAUGACUACGUACUUCAUCCUAGAACCACUGGUUUUAAUUAUCUAUUGAACGUAAUGAGAAAUGGUACGUUUCGUUUUUUUUGUUGCGGUCGUUUC